AUGGUAUGCUACGGGGUCACAAUUAUUUUGGUGGGGACCCUGGGGUCCCUCCUGGUGGGUGCCUUCCCCCAGGUCACCCCGAAGAAGAGCUGCAGCCUCUCCAAGUACCAGUUCCCUGCACCUUUGGAGUUGAAGGCAGUGUGGAGGAUGAAGGAGCAGUUUGAAGACAUCAUGCUGUUAACAAACAGAAAAUGCAACACCAGACUCUUCCAUCGGAAGUGGGACAUAGCUGAGCUGUCGGUACCUGACCGAAUCACCCUGGUGGAGGCUGAGCUGGACCUCACCAUCACCGUGCUCACAAACCCCACAACCCAGAGACUGGCAGAGACGUGCCAACAGCCCCUGGCCUUCCUUACCCAAGUCCAGGAGGACCUGCGAGACUGCUUGGCCCUCGAGGCACCUUCACAUCAGCCCUCUGGGAAACUGAGGCACUGGCUGCAGAAGCUGAAGACAGCCAAGAAGAAGGAGACCGCCGGCUGCCUGGAGGCCUCAGCCAUCCUCCACAUCUUCCAAGUACUGAACGACCUGCGGUGCGCAGCCCAGCGCGAGGAUUGCACUUAGCCCCACUGCCCUGCGUCCGCCCGGGAGCACUGGGUGCUCUCACACUGCUUUAUGGAAGCUGGGCUGUAUUCUCCUAUUUAAGCUUUUGUCUUAUUGAUGUGAGCUCAGGGAGCAAUUUUCUAAGUCCUUUAAAUGACUGUGGGUUUUGUGGGGUUUUUUUUGUACCAUGUAUUUAUAAAUAUUUAAGGGAGAUAGAAAGAAAUGCACUUCUUGAAAGGUACUGCUCAAUGAGGAUGAGCUUAUUUAUUGUAUAUCUUUGUUUUGCUGGUUUUCAAAACACUGUUUUUAAGGAGAUCUAUUUUCUGUACUCGCUAUUUAUUACACAACGUAUCACAUAUAUUUAUUUGUAUAGAUAAUUUAUUUUUACAUGCUAUUUAACAUGAAAAAGAAAAUAAAUACCUUAAACUGA